AAAACAGAAGCGUGUCACUUACUCAGACGAUCUGCCGGAUAAUCAUGUUUUACAUUUUUCUCUUGAAAAAACAAUCCAAGAUGUAUCAUCUACCAACGGGCAAAGUAAGAAGAAGAUUCCCUCCGAUUUUGGCAAAAACACAGGAUGUGGUGACGGUGACACUACUACCAUAACUUCCAAAAUGGAGCAAAUGCCUAUACCAAAACCUCGUCGUGGGAGGCGGACCGAUAACAAUAACGAAAAAGGGCCUCCGCUCCCCCCUCGACUUUAUCGACUGUACAUGGAUGUACCACAUACAGAUUUAAAGCUACCAGUAUCAUCAACAGAGACCAAUCAAUCAAGUAAAAGAGAUUUUCUUGGUAAAGUGUCAAAUAAAAGCGAGGAUUACGAUUAUGAUUAUGCAUUUUGUUGCAACUUCCCUAUAUACGCCGAAAUGACUGAACUGUACACGCCAGAAACGCCUACUGGACAGAACAAUACACCCAUUUACGAACAGUUGGACGACCCUACCAAAGAAACAAAUCGGACAUCAAGAGAAACUGACUUUAAGCCUCAAUCCGACGUGGAAAGUGACUAUGAUUAUGACUAUCCCGAUAUCAACAGACUUUCCAGAUUAGCAAAAGCAUACGAAAAGUGGCUUUUAUCUACUUGUCCAAAAUGUCAGCAAAAAUCAAGGAAUUAUCAGACAGGUAAACUGAACAGCAACUCUUUUGUGCACAGAGAAGCGAAAAACGGAGCUAGGUCGAAAUGUAAUGCAAACAGGAAAUCUUCCACCAAAAACGAGUCAAAUGGCUGCUCGCAUCGAAAGUACUCGUGUAACUUAGGAUAUCAUGUUCCUUGCUCAUGUAGGGAAAAUCCAAUUGACUCAAAUCAAGUUUGUUCAGGAAAUUAUGUGCAAUGUUUACAUUGCAACAGAUCGUGUGGAUCGCACAUUUCUUGUUCAUGCAGCCAAGGGCAUUAUGUGUCAUGCUCUUGUGGAAAUAGCUCGUGUGGAUCAUAUAAUUCUUGUUCAUCAAAUUAUGCGUCAUGCUCAUGUGGAAAUAGUUCAUGUGGGUCACACAAUUCUUGUUCAUCGCGUUUUGUGCAAUGUUCUUGUGCAAAUAGCUCAUGUGGGUCGCACAAUUCUUGUUCACCAAAUUGUGUGUCAUGCUCUUGUGCAAACAGCUCGUGUGGGUCGCACAACUGUUGUUCAUGUAAUUCAUCUCAUUUUGUGCAAUGUUCUUGUGCAAACAGUUUUUGCAGCUGUGAAAAUUAUGCGACCUGUUCAUGUGGAAAUAGCUCCUGUUGUUCACUUAUUUCUUUCUGGAGUGGUUCAGCACAUCCAGCAGCAUGUUCAUGUGGGAGCUGUUCAGAUGAAUCAAACCAAACUUUUUCAUGAAGAAACUGUGAAUAUAUGACACCAUACUUCAAGCAGAGAAAAUCGUGAGGCAUGCUCGUCUGCUCCUAAUCCGACAUGCCCAGAUGAAAUUAAUUUCAAAGAAAAUGAUUCAG